AAUUCUUUACGGCCAAGAAAGAAAAUCAGAACAAAAUUCUAUGAAAAUUUGGUAAAAGAAAACAGAAUCUGCAGAACAAAAAUGGAGGAAGCUAAGGCAGUUACUCCCCAACAACAACAACAACAACAACAAUUCCUCCAACAACAACAGCAGCAGCAGCAGCAACAGCAGUUCCUUCUUCUACAGCAACUCCAGAAGCAAGCUCAACAGCAACAUCAGCAGCAGCAACAGGCAGCGAUUUCUCGGUUUCCCUCAAACAUCGAUGCGCACCUACGAACUCCUGGCGUCCUCCAGCAUCGCCCCAUUAACAUUCAGCAAAACCCUAACCCCACCCCCAAUCCUAAUUUGCAGCAGCAGAACCCUAAUUUCCAGCAGGGACAACCGACGCAGCAUCCCCAACAACAGGCACCUCAGCAACAGCAGCAACAGAAGCCCGUUCGACCCUUGAACCAGGCGGAGCUCCAGAUGGCGUAUCAGGACGCUUGGCGGGUCUGCCACCCAGAUUUCAAGCGGCCAUUCUCGUCUCUUGAAGACGCUUGCGAAAGGCUGCUACCUUAUCAUGUUGUAGCAGACUAUGAAGCAGAGGAAGAUGAUAGAAUCCUUGAUUCUGACACAACAGGCCAGAUGCAAUCUCGCUCACAGCAGUGGGAUCACAACAUUGCUGCCAAAGUUGCAGAGUUUACUGCAACAUUUGAGAAACAGGCCCUUGCCUUCAAUAUUAUCUCUCGGAAGCGAGCCAUGGGAGAAUUCCGAUCUGAAGAAAGACUGAUGAUUGAGCAGGCUCUUCUCCAGGAAGAAAAGAGAGCCAUACUUGAGUUGAGGACAGAAAUAGAGUCUAGGGAGAAGGCUGGUCGGGAGGCCCAUGAGGCUAAGUUGCGAAUGGCAGCAAUGGCUCAGGCAGAGCAAGCCCGAGCUGAAUCACAGAUGGCUCGGGGGGCAAUAAGGGCAAAUGCUCUUGGGUCUCAUGGAAACAAUAUUGCUAUUGGCCAUGACAUGGGGGAGCAGCAGCAGGGUGUUAAUCCAGAUGAGAUGGUAAAUGGGUGGGGAAACAAUGUUCAGAGAGAUGAGAAGGAACCUUCUGAAGAUUUCUUGAAUGAUGAAGAGAAUGAAAAUGGAGACACAGGAAUGCAGAACGAAUGGCGUGAAGUUGGGGAAUUCGAUUUGAACAGUAGAUGAAGUAAAGAAUCCAAAUGGCUUGGUCACCAUUGCAGUGGUCUUUGCUUUCUUCUCAUCUGAGAUGUCCUCCGUAUUUUGGUUGUAGUUAGCAGUAUGUUCAAGAUUUGAAAUUUCUCUGCAUAUUGCAGCACUGGAUGUAGGAUUUGAGGCAAAUAACAUUUUCGAGUCACAAUGAAGGCAGCUUUUUCGUUACAGUGCUCAAACUGAUACUAAUUCCACAGUAGAUUUGUAUCAUAGGAGGCAUUUACAUUAAUUACCCCUUUAUAUUCAAGCCCAGCUUGCACC